AUGGCUGCGGUUCAGGCGAAUAGGGAUAUGGAAGAUAAGUGCCAAGUUGAAGUUGGCAUUGACGCACUCUUUGUUGGAAUUUAUGAUGGCCAUAAAGGCGACGCCACUGCCAUCUAUCUUAAAGAUGAUAUCUUCAGGGAACUAAUCAGGCUUAUUAAGGAGAAUAAUAACAAUAUGAAUGAGAACAUCAUGACGCAAGUUGUUGACCAAAUGGAGAAAGGUUUUUUGGAGUCUGCUGGAAGAAAUGUUUUUGUUAGUUCAGGUUGUUUGAUUACCGCCAAUGUUGGAGACUCGCGCGCUGUACUGGGUUCUAUGAAGGGCGUUGGUAAACUUAAAAGAUUGGCUGUUAAACAGAUUGUUAAAGAUCACAAUAUUGAUCAUCGAGAAGUUCAAUCAGCAAUCAGGGACUUGCAGCCAGAUUUUCGUGAUAUAGAUUACAAUAUUAAUUAUCGUACCUUUAUAGGACUUGCCAAUAAAGGUGUAUUCGAGACAACUAGAUGUAUAGGAUAUGCAUAUUUGAAGGAGGAGAUCAAUGAAAGUGAAUCAUUUGAAAUCCCGAGUUGGGAAAGAGUGCCUGGAAAUUUUACGAGACCUUUGCUAACAUCACAACCACAUGUUUAUUCAAGAAUCUUAAGCGACUCUGAUAAAUUCAUUAUAUUUGGAUCUAGUGGAUUUUACCACAAGAGGGAAUCGCAGAAAGACUUGUCACAAUUGUUUUACAGAAAGGGGCUAAUAUGA